AUGGCUCAAAAACGGCAGGACAUCCAAGGGAUACGCGGCUGGGCUAUUGCUUUGGUCGUCACAUUUCAUUUCUUUCCUGCUUAUUGCCCGAAUGGUUAUGUGGGAGUAGACAUGUUCUUCGUGGUAUCUGGCUUUCUCAUGGCUAUGAUCAUAACAAGGAUGGAGAUGACAGCUUCGUCUUACUUGAAUUACUAUUACAGAAGUUUCAGAAUCAAGCGAAUAUUACCGCUGUAUUAUAUGACCUCCGCUGCGAUAUUACUGUAUGUAGUGUUGAGACUACCUUCAUUUCGGUCUAUAAACUUUCCUAGCUCACGCAAAGCUGUACUUUUAAUUACAAAUAUCAGGCUAUCUGAGAACGAUCCUGUCAUGGAUUAUGAAAAAAUGCUUCAGCUGUCAAAUGCAGACGAUCUCUUUACGCACACCUGGUCUUUAUCUGUCGAGAUGCAGUGGUAUUUGCUAGCCCCGCUUCUCUUCUUCGUACAAAAUUUGAUACCACUGCGGAGGACGAUAUUCUUACUAGGGAUCACAUUUACUUCUCUCGGUUUCUAUCUCGCUACUGACAGCAACGCUGCUUUCUACAACACAUUUGCUAGGAUGUGGCAAUUUUGUUUUGGCAUAAUCGCCUUUGUGAGUAGCGAAAAUGUGAGCUUUCCUACAUAUACUGCGGUUAUCAUCACUCCCGUGAUUUAUCAUCCUCACCCAUCGUUAGCGUUUUUCUAUCCACCCUAA